AUGUAUCUAAGUUGUUAUUUACCUGUAAUAUUGUUAUUUAUAGAAGAUUUAAAACAAGCUGUAGUAGCUAUGAUGUUAAGAAAAGAUGAAGUUGAAGAGAAAAACAAAUCAUUAAAAGCUAUGUUAGAUAGAGAGAUGGAGAUUAGUUCCACUUUAAGAGCUGAAAUAGAAGAAAUGAAAAUAUCUUUUAAACUCAGUAAAGAUAAAGAAAUAGCCAAAAAUGAAACAUUGCAAAAAGAGAAUGAAUUAUUAAAACAUCAAUUAAGAAAAUAUAUUAAUGCUGUCCAGUUAUUACGUACAGAAGGUGCUAAAGAUGAUACUCAGGGAAUUACUUUAGAAGAUCCACAACCUAUCAUCCCACCAGCCAAACCAUCUAUAGAUUAUAGUCAUGAAGCCUCAGAAUAUGAGAAAAAACUCAUUCAGGUAGCUGAAAUGCAUGGUGAACUGAUGGAAUUCAAUGAAUUAUUACAUAGACAGAUAAAUUGUAAAGAAGCUGUUAUUAGAAAUCUUAAAGAAGAAUUAACUGAUCUUAGAGGACCAUUACCGUAUGAUGCUCAGUCUUCAGAUGAUUCUCUAUCAGGUGAUCUAGAGUCUUCAUUAAUAUCUAGAUGUUUGAUUAAUAUUUGGAUACCAUCAGCCUUUCUUGGAGGUUCUAAAACAGACAGUCAUCAUGUUUAUCAGGUAUAUGUACGUAUCCGAGAUGAAGAAUGGAAUGUAUAUAGAAGAUAUAGUAAGUUUCUAGAUGUACAUACUAGAUUAAAAAAGGUCUACCCAUUAAUAGAAAAGUUUGAGUUUCCACCGAAGAAAACUAUUGGUAGCAAGGAUCCAAAGGUUGUUACAGCUAGAAGAAAAAUGUUACAAAGUUAUUUACGUAAAGUGAUCAAUCAUUUACUGGAGAAAAAUGCUGAUCUAUCUAGUAAUGUUAGCAAAGAAAAACUUAUAGCUGUUUUACCUUUCUUUAAGUAA